CUUUCAAAAAUUACGCGAUUGGAUUGGAAUGUCAAUGUAUUUAUUUUCCGCAUUAUAACCUAAAAAGACAAAAUAUUUUUAUUGAAAUGUGCUAAAUUAUAACAAAAUGAAUAAAGUUAAAGUGCUAUUACGAAAUAGGAGUCUAAAUGUGGUUAAAACCCGUUAUUAUGCAACAACAAAAAAGAAGAUUCCCGACCCGGAUGAGGAGGAAUCUCUACCAAUUUUCCAGUACCCUACAAGCAAGGCGUCAGACCGGAAUAUGUACUCUUGGGGACUUGCAGAGACAGGAGCACUAGGCAUUCACAUGCCUCGAGGAAAUAGGAACAGGAAACAAUAUAGGAACAACUUCUCACUCUGCUGGUACCCUAUGAGAUCUAGCUUUGCAGAGAGAUUUGAUGUAGAACAAAUUGCUGCAGGGUACGGCUUCACAGUAGCUUCCAUAAAAACAAAUGAGCAGUAUAAAGUUUUUGGCACUGGCAUCAACACAGACUCUCAAAUAGGCUACCAUGCACCUCGCAUGGGUCAUCCUUUGGAGUUACUGCUUAGUCCUGCACCAAUAUUCUUACCUUAUAAAUCAUUGGAAACUAAGAUCAUUGGCAUAGAUGCAGGACGGGCUCACACAGUUAUACUGACAGAUAAUGAAGGAGUAUUUACACUAGGCAAUAAUGCAUAUGGCCAGUGUGGUCGUAAAAUCAAUCCAAAUGAGGAGUACAAAGGGAGCAUGGUCUCCUACAAUAUCAAGAGUCUGGGCAAAGAAAAGAUUACUAGUGUAUGUUGUGGGCAGGAUCACACGCUGUUCAUAACUGAGAGUGGCAAGGUGUAUGCUUGUGGUUGGGGAGCUGACGGCCAAACUGGGCUCGGUAUAUUUGCUAACCAGGCUAUACCAGCCAAAGUGCAGGGCGAUAUUACAUCAGAGAAAAUUGUGAAGGUUGCAUCUACUGUUGAUUGUGUACUGGCUUUAAAUGACAAAGGUGAAUUAUUUGGUUGGGGCAACUCAGAGUAUGGUCAGAUUCCAAUGAAGGCUGGGUCGCAGCAAGUGAACAUGUCUUACUCUUUGCGGGAGUUUACUCGCGGCUUGGGCAAGAUAACUGACAUAGCAGCUGGUGGCUCCUUUUGCUUGAUAGUAAAUGAGGCAGGCGACGCCUUCGUAUGGGGUUUCGGCUUGUUAGGACUCGGCCCCAAUGUGGAACACUCGAAGAAACCAAAGCAAAUACCGAGUCCUUUGUUCGGACGCAAUGAGUUUAACACAGAGGCUCGGGUAGAGAAGGUGGCUUGUGGCAUAGGACAUUUAGCAGCUAUAACUAAUGAUGGACAUUUGUACAUGUGGGGCAGGAAUAGACAAGGCUGCUUAGGUCUCGGUUCCAGUAAAGACCAAUACUUUCCACUAAAAGUCUCCAUUGGCGGAUUUGUUCUAAAAGUUAUUUGUAGUGUAGACCAUUCUGUUGCAAUUUGUAGGCCAUUUACGUAAUUUAUUGAUAUUUUCUAAGACUGUUAAUAAAUAAAAUAUUAUGUUACAUUA